CCAUCCACUUCCCCUGAACGUGCUGCCAGUCUCCCCCUUGACGGUAGCCUUCUUUCACAUUAAUUACUAUCCAUAAUGGCGUCUGCCAAUCCUACGCAGAUCUUUGCGGACGAUGUCAUCGAAGAGAAGGGAGAGAAUGCCCGUCUCUCCGCCUUCGUUGGCGCCAUCGCCGUCGGUGACCUAGUGAAGAGCACUUUGGGUCCUAAGGGAAUGGACAAGAUCCUCCAGUCAGCGUCGACCGGUGAGAUCCUCGUGACAAAUGACGGUGCUACGAUCCUGAAGGCCAUCGCUCUCGAUAACGCUGCAGCCAAGGUUUUGGUCAACAUCUCGAAAGUCCAGGAUGACGAAGUUGGUGAUGGCACAACGUCCGUGACCGUGUUGGCGGCCGAGCUGCUGCGUGAGGCUGAGAAGUUGGUGAACCGCAAAAUCCACCCCCAGACUAUCAUCGAAGGUUACCGGAUAGCCAGCCGGGCUGCCCUUGACGCCCUCGAGAAGGCUGCUGUCGACCGUAGUGCCGACAUGGAGUCUUUCCGUAAAGACCUCCACGCCAUCGCUCGUACCACCCUCAGCUCCAAGGUUCUGGCCCAGGAUCGUGAACACUUCGCUACCCUCGCCUGCGACGCCGUCCUCCGCCUCAAGGGCUCCACCGACCUGAGCCACAUCCAGAUCAUCAAGAAGGCCGGUGGAAAGCUUAGUGAUUCCUACUUGGACGAGGGUUUCAUUCUUGACAAGAAGAUGGGUGUCAACCAGCCCAAGCGCCUGGAGAACGUCAACAUUUUGGUCGCCAACACAGCCAUGGACACGGAUAAGGUUAAGAUUUUCGGUGCCCGGGUCAAGGUCGAGUCGACCGGCAAACUGGCGGAGCUGGAGAAGGCAGAGCGUGAGAAGAUGAAGGCUAAGGUUGACCGCAUCAAGGCACAUGGUAUCAACUGUUUCGUCAACCGUCAGUUGAUCUACAACUGGCCCGAACAGCUGUUCACCGAGGCCGGCAUUAUGUCCAUCGAACACGCAGACUUUGACGGUGUGGAGCGUCUGGCUCUGGUCACUGGUGGUGAGAUUGCAUCGACCUUCGACCACCCCGAGCAGGUUAAGCUGGGUCACUGCGACGUUAUUGAGGAGGUUAUCAUCGGCGAAGAUACUCUAAUUAAGUUCUCCGGCGUGGCUGCCGGUCAGGCAUGCACCAUUGUGCUCCGUGGUGCUACAGAGCAGCUGCUUGACGAGGCUGAGCGCUCUCUUCACGACGCCCUCGCCGUGCUUUCUCAGACUGUGAAGGACCCCCGUGUCACCCUGGGUGGUGGUUGCGCAGAGAUGGUCAUGUCCAAGGCUGUUGAGCAAGCCGCUCAGAACACCACGGGCAAGAAGCAGCUGGCUGUUGACUCUUUCGCACUUGCUCUCAAGCAACUGCCCACUAUCCUGGCCGACAAUGCCGGUCUGGACUCCAGUGACCUCGUGACCCGACUACGACAGGCCAUCAACAACGGUAUGACCAGCUCUGGUCUUGACUUGCUCACCCCCGGUGGCGGUAUUGCCGACAUGCGGGAGUUGGGUGUUGUGGAGAGUUACAAGCUGAAGAAGGCCGUGGUUUCCUCCGCAUCGGAGGCAUCAGAGCUUCUUCUGCGCGUUGACAACAUCAUCCGGUCCGCUCCCCGUCGACGUGAGCGUAUGUAAGGUGGUAAGAUGAUUUCUUCUUGAUGGCGCGAUAUGGACUGGAAACAAGUUUGUUUGGAUUCAAGCGAAACGGAGAGCAGCCACCACCGUGAGCUGUACUGGAUAAAUGUUGAUAACGUGCUCUAAUCAGAGCGUAAUAACCGUGACAUAGACCCAUUGAUUGAUUGACAUGAAACAAAAACAUUGACGAAC